AUGAGAUAAGCUAUCCUUUUAGUCACAGUAGCAACUAUCUGCUCAGUUGGAGUCCUUGGAGUAGAAUAAAGAAUCAGAGCUUAAACAUAAGUUUAAUCAAGACUUUAAUCAGAGCUAUAGUUAGAACCUGAGGUUGCUAGAUAUGUACUUGCUCAAAUUAAGACUUAGGAUGAAUUUAAAAUUCCAGAAAAUAUUAAGCAAAGGGUACUCUAAAUAGGUAAAGACUUGCUUAAGAAGCAAAUUGAUAAGCUUCAGCCUAAUAAUCAAUAGUCACAUGCUUAAACUGAGGAUGAAACAAUUAGUGAGGAUUUAGGUGAAGCCCUGUUUAAUAUUCAAGUGAAUUAUCAUAAUCUCCAAAAUGCUCAAUUGACCCCCCAAGCAAGAGAUGCUAAGAGAAAACUUGAUAAUUCAAUUAAUAGAUAUGCUUUGGCUUAAGUUGAAAUUGCUGGAAAUCCAAUUCAAGCUGCUAAGGAAAAGAUUUAAUAAUUUGUAAGGCAAAUUAAAGAUAGAUCAGAUGCAGUUAAAGACCUUGCCUAAUCAAUUUAAGAAGUUAAGAAUAAGGCCUUAGAGAUGCUUAGGUAGUUCGGACUUAAUCUUGACGACAAAGAUCUUGCAGAAUUAGCAGUGAUGGUCCCCUAAGUGCAAUCAGACUAUGUCACAGAAUUAUAGAGAGUCUAAAUGGAGAAAGUGCUAGUUUAGACUGUGUUUGAUAUCAUGAGAAGUGAGAUUAGUUCACAAGAUGGUGUUUUCAGUAAUUUAAUUGCACGUGCUUAAUAAUAGAUCUGA